ACAAAGUGGUUGGGGACCCAUUCUGGAUUGGUUGACAGUGAUGACAUUUAAUUCCUCACUGCAUUAUCAGUUGCAGUUGGCAACUAGCCCUGGCUCGCUAUGACGCCUUUGCAACAAACGAUCCUGGGUAUAACCUGUGCUUUCGUCUUGCCGUCACUGCUACUUCCUGAAGUCAGGGCGCAAAGUUUAUUUGUGCGCAUCUCAGAUGCCGACAGAGCAUUCACUUCCGGGAACGUCCUACGGACACUGGCGACAUCUAGUGCCGUUGAGUGUGGCGUUGAAUGUGGCAGGUUAGACACGUGUGUCUCCUUCAACAGUCGACUGGAGGGAGAUGCUACAGUCACGUGUGACCUCCUCUCCGACAUCCCGCUGUCCCCCAUGAAGAACCUGGCUGCUGCCGCAGGGACGGGAUACUAUGAACAGACAUGUCAACCCCUCUUCAGCCUAACAACAGCUGUAGAGUUCGAUGAGGGUGGUGUCAAUGUUGCCGGCUUCGUGUACGUGACGAGUAACCACGGCGUCGACGUGAUGCUCGUCAACAUGUCCACUACCAAUGAUGUACUAGCUGUGUCCCGGGUGGCUUCGGUCGCCCAGAAGAGCGGUGGGAAGUUUACACAGAUACAUGGCAUGACAAAAGUUCACAUGGGGAACGGCACCUCCAUUGAAGUCUUCAUGACAGGGUCUGAUGUCUGGUGCACUCUUGAAGGAUACGGCCUGCCGUCACAGCCGUGUUUUGCAUCAAACCCAAUGCCUAUGAUCACCAUUUUUGGCACCGAUGGCAUCUCGGCGUUGUUAGAAACCAAGACCCAUGUCGGAAUGAUGGCGUUCAGCUACUCUAAGGUCAUCAUCAUGGACAUCUUGUCACCCGGAAAUUGGGUCGUCAACACGACCAUAGAUCUGUCUCCUGGCAACCAGCCGCCCGGAUGGAUGGACAUACCUCGAGGAUUGGUUGGUUCCGCUUGGCUCGUCAGGCAAGACUCCACAGGGCUUGACAUCUAUGACACGGCGUUCCUGGUGACACAACACUACUACGUCGUGUACGACUUCCCCAACGAUGUGAUACUGAAGAGGGGCCACCUGUGUCCUUCAGACUGAGAAAGUACUGUCGUAAAUGUUAGAAAAAUUAUUGUUUUGCCCUUUAAACAAAUUACUAAAUAAUCAUAGCAGUUAACAAUGAAGUCCAUAUUUGAAAUAUCGAAUAACUACCGGUUGACCUACCUUGGGUUUAUUUAAUUGUGAACUUUCCGCUGUUUCACAGGAGAACGUUUCGCAAUACAAAAAGAAAGGUUGAAAGACCUAAAUCUAAAUUGGACUAUAGAAAUAUGCAAAUGUACCCUCUUUUUAGUAAUGUGAAUUAUUUAUUUACAAAACAAGUCUAUGCUAUAAAAUAAUAGGUGUUGGUAGUAGAAAAUAACAAAGAAAGUAUACACCCAUGUUUGAUGGUGAAUAAAAAAUGAAA